CAAACAUGGCGGCAGGAGGCGGCUGAUUGUAAAGAAACGCUGGGCGUCUUAUGCAGCCGUUUUAAACAAUAGCUUUUGUCUUAAUAACAGAUAAUAUCCCGUCGCCCAGAUCUCAGCAUGGAGCCCGUCCCGUUUCCGGAGGAGGUCCUGGAGAGAAAAGUGUCUGUGGUCGGGUCGGAGUUGGUGGAAAACUAUACUGUCUACAUCAUUGAUGUGACGGAUGGACAACACAGGUGGACAGUGAAGCACCGUUACAGUGACUUCUACGACCUCCACGAGAAGCUUGCAGCAGAGAAAAAGGUGGACCGACGGCUGCUUCCUCCUAAGAAGAUCUUGGGAAAGAACUCGAAGAGUCUGGUGGAGCGGCGGCAGAAGGAGCUGGAGCUCUACUUGCAGACUCUUCUCCAGCAGUUUCCUCAAGCCACGCCCACUCCACUCGCCAAUUUCCUGCAUUUUCAUCUUUACGAAAUAAAUGGCAUCACUGCAGCGCUGGCAGAGGAGUUGUUCCAUAAAGGUGAGCAUUUGCUGCAAGCCGGCGAGGUAUUUUCUCUCCGUCCUCUGCAGCUCUACUCCGUCUCCCAGCAGCUGCGGAUGGCCAAACCGACGUGCUGCAACGGAGAUGCCAAAACUGACCUGGGACACAUCCUGGACUUCACCUGCAGGCUGCGAUACCUCAAGAUUUCUGGUACCAGAGGUCCAGUAGGAAGCAGUAACAUCCAGGAGACAAAUCUCCCCUUUGAUCUGUCUGUUUUUAAAGCCCUGCUGCAAAUUGAGAUCACUGAGUGCAGCUCUCAGCAGAUUCGUGGUUUGCCCUUUCUGAGGUCGAGCCUGGCGACAAUGAGCGUCCAUCGCUCCUCUGAAUCCAUGAUGGCUAUCCUGGUCCCAGAGGCGAGCGAGUUCUCGCAGUGGGAGCCUGAGGGGGUGGAGUCUGGGUGUCCGGUCACUGCUGUUAUUCCUGCGUGGAGAAACCUGACCACGCUGGACAUGAGCCACAACUGCAUCAGUACCAUCGACAACUCAGUGAAACUGAUCCCUAAGGUGGAGUUUCUGGAUCUGAGCUACAACCAACUGUCCUCAGUGGAAAACCUCCAGCACCUGUACAAUCUGGUCCACGUAGACCUGUCUUAUAACAGCCUCCGGGUCCUGGAAGCAGCUCACACUCGUCUGGGGAACAUCAAAACCUUGAGCCUGGCUGGUAACCAGCUGGACCGACUGACCGGUCUCACCAAGCUUUAUUCUCUGGUCAACCUGGACCUGAGCCACAACCAGCUGGCACAGUUGGAGGAAAUCAGGAACAUUGGCUCUCUGCCCUGUCUGGAAAAACUCAACCUGUCCAGUAACCCCAUGUGCAUCAUCCCAGACUACAGAACCAAAGUCCUGGCCCAGUUUGGAGAUCGUGCUGCAGAGGUUUGUCUGGACUGCAAAGCAACGACGGAAAAGGAGCUCGACACUGUGGAAGUGCUGAAAGCCAUUCAGAAAGCCAAAGAAGCCAAAGAUCGCAUGAGCAACAGCGACAAGAAGAUCAGUGAGGAGACCAGGCUUUCUGCUGCUGGACCUCCUUACCUCUCCUCCUCCUCCUCUUCCUCUCCUCUCCCCUCUUCCUGCUUUCCCUCUGCUGUCGCUCCUCCCCCUGCUGUUACGUCCUCCUCCUCUUCCUCUUCUUCCUGUUCGGCCCAGCAGGCUGCCUACCCCAGCCAAGAUGUGACGAGCAGAGAAGAAGCCCCAGCCCCCCCCACUGUUCUCCCUCCUGUGGAUGCUGCGCCUCCCCCUGCCAGCUUUAGCACCAGCACACACCUCCCGUCUGCUGACUCUGAACAGAUACAACCUGUUGUCAGUCUGUCUGAACACGCUCGCUCUGGGGCUUCUACCUGCAUUACUACUGUUACUUCUGCUACUUCUGCUGCUGUCUGUUGUGUCUGCUCCUCUUCCUCAUCCAGACCUGUUGAGGCCAGUUGUUCCUGCUGCAGUGCUGCCUUGUGUCCUCUGCUUCCUUCUCAACUGCUUUCCAUGUCCUCCUCCAACAAGGACUUCAUCACCCAGCUUUCCCUGCGUCUCAGCUCUACCCUGAUGGAGCAGAAGGUGGAGAAGGAGGAGGAGAGUCAGGAAGAGAAGAGCUCUGAAUCCAGAGAGGUUCAGUCUCUUUUGGAGGGCACUGAAGUGGGCAGUCCCAGUCCAGGCUCCAGGGACGGCUACUUUGAAAUGAGUCUGGAUGACUCGGUGGAGGAGCUGGUAGGCUCCUCCUCCACGUCGCUCCCUAUUCCUUCUGUAGAGGAGCCUGGUGGCUGUCAGGAGGAGAAAUCUGGAGAGAAACAGGAGGAGGAGGAGGAAGUUCAGGUCCGCCGGGCGCUGUGGUGCUACUGUGUUCAGGUGGAGGAGGAAGUGAAGCAGAAGGUGGCAUGUCUGGUGCUUACAGACCAACUGUUGGGCCUGCUGUGCUCGUCACAUGAUUUCACAAAGACCAAUCAGAACACAGACCAGGAGCUGAGUCUGCCUAUAGAGCAGGUCCUGUCUGACCUGCAGGUGGACCUCCUGCUCCCGUACUCCCAGCUCUCACUCUCCUCCCAAGCAGAGCUCCCAGACUCGUGUCUCGCCUUUGGACUCCAAGCCAAGCCGACCCGUUGGUUCUACAUCUUCUCGGAGGCUGAGGAACUUCAGCAGACUAGAGCAGAGCUCUCUGUGCUGCUUCAGGUUGACCCAGAGCCCCCCAACACUCGUCAGCUCCUCCCCCGCUCACUUAUCAACUCCUGGGAGCUGGAGGAGAGUCAUGGAGCCCAGGGAGGCUAUCCUGCCCUCUUCAUUUCCACCUCUUCCUCUUCCCACUCUGCUCUCAACACUCACCCCCUCCUUUCAGAGAUUUUAUCCGAGGAGCCCAGCAUCCCCUCUCUCCUCUUCCUCACCCACCGACAACUGUGGGUGCUGAACAUGGACUUCAGAGAGAUGUCAGAAAGAGAGAAGACCAACACUGGCCUUCAUCAUCUGUCCUCCUCCUCCUCCUGUUGUAGGCUCAUCCGUGUACCCCUUGGCUCUGUGGUGCUUCACCCCAGAGAGAGGGAUGCUCAGGUGGGGGACGGAGCCAGCAACACAUCCUGCUCGGACCCACGACACCCCCACAGGAGGAGUCACUCUGUGGAGCUGCUGCUGGGCAGUCACAGGCUGCUGCUGAUUUUUCCUCUAGCCCAGAACAGGAGCUCUUUCCUGGGGGAGCUGAGCCAACGGAGGGCCGCUCUGGAGGAGCUGAAGGUAGUGGCCCUGCCCCCGACCUCCAGACUGUGUCCACACCAAGAUCAACUCUCAAAAGGCUGUUACAGAUCUGGGGACCAGUGCUGUUGUACCAAGAAGUCACAUGGCUCCAGCAGCUGGGACUCUUCCCGUCUUCACAUCGAGGAGAACCAGCCGUCCCCCCACCUCAUUCCUGGUUUCUCACCAGGACUGAAGCUCCUGGCUGGUCUGGGAGAGCAGCAGCUGCUGACCUACUUCCACAGAUACAUAGCACAGUCUGAGGCAGAGGAGGUGAGACAGAUGCUGUGGUUGUCUGUGAUCCUCUACAAAUCUCCUGAGGCUGAACUCACCUGCUGUCUGCUGCUCUCCACUGACUCAAUCUACUUCCUGUUGGAGGAUUCGGCCGCCACGCUGGGUCAUCACUCAGUGUUGGACAUAUCGGACUCUGGAGAUCCAGACUCGUGUCUGUGCUGCUGUGUGUCCAUCAGACUCUCUGAUCUGCUGGCUGUCAACGUCGGGCUGUUUGACCAGUACUUCAGAGUCGUAGGUCACUCGGCCGAUCACGUUGUGUGCUGUCUGAGCAGGGACAGCUACGGGACGAGCGUUUUCCUGCAGGAGCUGAUGUCAGCUCUCAGUCUGCAGCAGCAGCUUCCUCCUCCAGAGCCAUCCGAUCAGGACUUCUACUCACAGUUCACCAACACAAACACAGGUAAGAUGCAGAACUAUGAGCUGGUCCACAGCAGCAAGGUGAAGUUCAUUUAUCCCAGUGAGGAGGAGAUGGGAGACCUGACCUUCAUCGUGGCAGAGAGGAAGACUCCAGCCAGCGCGAUGUCCUCGUCCCCAUGCUCCUUUAACGUCCUGCUGUACCUGCUGGUCUUCCAGGUCCAGAUCCCCCCCAGCCAAGGCUCUGCUCUCUCAGGCAUCUCCUCUUCUGAUUCUGGCUCUGCUCCAUCUCCAGUUCUCCAGCCUAGGACUCUGAUCCUCACCAGUACUGAUGUGUUCCUGCUGGACGAGGACUACGUCAGCUAUCCAUUACCUGACUUUGCCAAAGAACCUCCAUCCAGGGAGCGGUACCAGCUGCGUGAGGCUCGGAGGAUCCGCGACCUGGACCGGGUCCUGCUGGGCUACCAGACGUACCCCCAGGCUCUCACUCUCGUUUUUGACGAUCUGCCCGGCCCUGACCUGCUCUGCCACCUGACCAUGGACCACUUUGCCGCCAGUGGCGAUGAAGCUCUGCCCAGAGGGGGUGGGGCCAGCAGGGGUGCAGAGUGCGAGGUCCAGUGGUGCGUUUUUGUCCCGGGAGCUGACAGCAGAGAGAGGCUGAUCUCGCUGCUCGCUCGACAGUGGGAGGCGCUGUGCAGCCGUGAGCUUCCCGUUGAGCUCACCGGCUGAUUGGUUGACAGGGAUGACAAAUGAGUGACUGCUCAGCUGCUGGUUGGUGGGGGCUGAGUGGUGGGUGGAGUCAUCAUGUGAUUGGGAUAAUUUACACAUGGACUCAGGGCUUGAUUGAUUUAAUGGCCACAGUAUGUUUCAAGCACAGGUAUUUGUGUGUCUAAUAAUGUAGGGCACACUAGAUCAGUGGUUCUCAAAUUAUGGGGCGGGCUCCGAUGGUGGGCCAUGGAGUUGCUGCAGGAGGGGCAUCCAGAUAAAAAUGUGAUUUAGAAGUUGUCAAAAGUAAACAAAAUUU